AUGGGCGGUAAUCGUCGGCGGCGCGUCGAACGAUCCUCCAGUAGCAUCGACAGACGGUACAAAAAGCCACGCAAUAGCUCGGAGCGACAUCGACGCAAUGAGUCGCGCAAUCGACGUGCCAGAAGGCGAUCGUGGAAUAAAAAAAAUUCCGAUCAUUUCGUAACCCGGAACGUUUGCAUCAGUCGUCUUCUGGCAAAAGCCUCCUCACAGGAGUCGUUCGCCAUCCAGGCCGAGAAACGGCCAGCGUCGCUUGACAGGACGACACAAACUACGGCACUCAUCGAGAAAGCACAAACGCAGCAAACACCACAAGCGUCGUUCAUCACGAAGCCGCAGGCAUAG